AUGUCCACCACUACUUCUCUCCGCAGUUUAAACAUCAACAACAUCAACCCACACGUCAAAGAAGCAAAAUAUGCCGUCCGUGGUGCCCUCGCUGUUAAAUCGGAAGAAUACAGAGCCAAGCUCGCAAAGGGUGAUAAAGAUCUCCCGUUCGAUACUGUCAUAAGUGCCAAUAUUGGAAACCCGCAACAAUUGGAUCAGAAACCUAUUACUUUCUUCAGACAAGUCUUGAGUUUGAUUGAAUACCCACCGUUGUUGGAAAAGGAAACUGUGCUGUUGAAUGCAUUGGGGUAUAAGCAAGAUGUUAUUGACAGGGCGAGGUGGUUAUUGAAGGAAGUUGGAAGUGUGGGUGCUUAUAGUGCUAGUGCUGGUGCCACGGGAAUCAAGAACAGUGUGGCUAGGUUCAUUGAGAAACGAGAUGGAUUCCCCGCAGACCCAAAAGAUAUCUACCUUUCCGCCGGUGCCUCUGCUGGAGUCAACACCCUCCUCCACAUAAUCUGCGCAGGUCCCAAUACCGGUGUCCUAGUUCCCAUCCCACAAUACCCAUUAUACACGGCAUCCCUCUCCCUCCUCAACGCCAAAUGCGUCCCCUACUACUUAGACGAAGCCCGCAACUGGGGUACCGACCUUCAAGCCAUCAAAGAUGCCUACGCCGCCGCCAUCGCAGAAGGAACCGACGUUCGCGCCAUCGUAAUCAUCAACCCCGGUAAUCCCACCGGUGCAAGUCUUCCACCCCAGGAUAUCGAAGCUGUCAUUAAAUUCGCCGCCGAGAAAAAGCUCGUAGUAAUGGCCGACGAAGUAUACCAAACCAACGUCUUCAAAGGAAAAUUCCACUCCUUUAAACAAAUCCUCCGCGAUCUCCAAUCCAAAACCCCGGCAAAAUACGAUAAUGUUGAACUCGUUUCUCUACAUAGUAUAUCCAAAGGCAUGGUUGGCGAAUGCGGACAUCGCGGUGGCUAUUUCGAACUCUGUGGUUUCGACCCCGAAGUCGUAGAGCAGAUAUAUAAAUUCGUCAGUAUCAGUUUAUGCGCACCGGUAAUCGGCCAAUGUCUCGUCGAACUCAUGGUAAAUCCACCUCAACAAGGUUCACCCUCCUACGACCUUUACAAAUCAGAAUACGAUGCCAUAUUCUCGGGACUCCGUGCACGCGCAACAGCGCUCUAUGAAGCCUUUUCACAAAUGGAAGGGGUAGAAUGUCCAGAACCGCAGGGAAGCAUGUAUCUAUUCCCCACGAUUAAAUUGCCGGAAAAGGCGGUUGAGGCGGCGAAGAAAGAGGGCAUGGGUCCGGAUGAAUAUUAUUGUCAUAAAUUAUUGGAGGCAACGGGUGUUUGUGUGGUUCCUGGAAGUGGCUUUGGUCAGAGGGAAAAUACGCUGCAUUUUAGGACGACGUUUUUGGCGCCGGGAACGGAGUGGGUCGGGAGGAUUAAGGGGUUUCAUGAGGGGUUUAUGGGGGAGUUUAGAUAG